AUGCCAACAGAAGGUCGAGGCGUUAAAGGGUUUUGCAGUUAUUUGUUCUGCAUCAAAGAAAAUAAAGGAAGAAGUGAAGAAACCGGAAGGAGAUUAAAGAUUAUUGAUAAAAAACACCGCGCUGUUUUCAAGAGUGAAAUUUUUUCUGGUGUUGUGCACUACGCGAUUGGUGGCUUAACAGAACACAAAUUCGAGAAAUCAAAUCGAGAAGAAAGAUCAAAAAGGCAAAGAACAAGACACAAUUCAUCAUGCAUCAUUUCCACCAAUUCCACAGUGAUUCUUCGGAAAGAUCAAGAAGCCUUCGAAAAUCAAACAGAAGUUGGAUUCUGA